UCUCUCCUUUCCUUUCUAUAAAUGAAGAACCCCAUCUCCCUUCAUACGGGUGCUUACAUUCAUUUCCUGCUUCUUUUGUUUCAGUGCAUCAAGUAGAACAGUUUUUUCUUCCUUCCAAUGGAGAUUCAUAAAAAAACAGUUUGCAUCACGCAGAACAAAAAAAUCUUCGUUCAAACGGAGAAAGUCGCUACCAGAGGCAGGACUACAGGCUCUGGAGGGAAGGGCAGACAGCCAUCACAAAACCCACAUCAGAAUCGUAAUAUCCACCAGAAUUCAGGGCAGAACCGCCAGCGUCUAGAAGCCGGUGGGACCCAGUCACUCGCGCUGAGGGCGGCGGCUCAUGUUCAGAAUUCCGGCAGGGUUGUGCAACACUCUGCGGCGCCUAGAGGGAAUGGCAGCGGUGGCGGGAGAGGUUCUGGUGGUGGCCAGGGAGGCGGUGGGGCCCACCAUGUGGCCCGCCAAUCGAGUUCGAAUCAGGCUGUGAAGAUUGCCGCACGCGCCACAACAGGAGCCUCGGGACGGGCAAGCGGACACACUGCCAAUUCCAUUUCGGUGACACUUAGAGGAUCAUCUACAAAAUCCGCCACACAUUUCCCUGGUGCAAGCCAAUCUCACUCGUCCAACAAGUGCUUUGCGCAUAUCUCGUUGCGACAAGGACACCAUUAGAUGCGGCUAUGAGUAGAGAUGCUGGAGUUCGUUUUUAUUUAUUUGAUGUUUAUGUUUUAUGAGCGAAGAUAGUUGUAUGGAUGAUGUAUUUGAAACGUUUUAUUUGGCUAUGUGGUUUGGAUGAUUAAUAUUAGUGGAUGAAGUUUAUUUUA